UGGUGAUUCUCGAGGACGUGCUUGUGGUUCGAUUGGUGGUGCGUACGGGUACUACGAUGGCAAUAAGGGUGGAUUCGGUGGUCGCGAUGGCAGUGGUGAGCGUGCUCGUAGGGAUAGUCGGAGCAUCGCCUAGGCUAAGGGUAAUACCCGACAACCUGCCUCUACCGCAACUGCUCACGCUGCCGAGCAAUGCGACCGCCAUCAGGAACGACAUCACAGACUCGUUCCAGUGCGAAGGUCGAGACUACGGAUACUACGCGGAUGUGGACAAUGACUGUCAACUGUUCCACGUGUGUCUGCCAGUCACGUACGCGGACGGACGUAACCAGACCUUCCGGUGGAGCUUCAUAUGUCCGGAGGAGACCGUCUUCAACCAGGAAAUGUUCACUUGUACUAGAGCCGACGAAGCUAUCGACUGUCAAGAAUCCCCAAGGUUCUAUGAGCUGAACAGGAAGUUUGGAAGUCAAGAAGAAGACGUAGGAGAACAGCAAGAACAACAGGUCGAAGUCACGGAAGCCACGAACUACUUAGAGGAAGCCUCGCCCAUACCAGAGGUUCCACAGAUCAUCGGAGGGAAAUUCUACAGGAGAUCUAGAACUCAACAAUAAAAAGAGUUUUACGUUUGGUUUCAUCUUUUCAUAUUAAAUUCUUUUCAUAUUAAAUUUAGAUAAAUCUGCCCCGACGGCAUGUUGAUGAUCUCCUGUAGGGUUAAAUGUAAGGGUAGCUUUGAAUGUCGAUAUCAUUGUUAUAAAAAUGCUUAGUCAAAGUGUGAUGAAAAAUUGUGCAACGUGCCGACGUAAUCAUACGUACUUAUGGUUUCUGAAUAGUCAUUGUUCGUAGUAAGUACGUUGUCAAUAUUGACUCGUGACUCUAUGGAUAUGCGAUUCACCUUAUUUUGAUAUGAGUGCUGACGUCACUGUAUAGACUUAUCAUAAUACCAAAGAUAGUGCCGUUGCGAGGGCACAAGAAUCUAAAUUGUAUGACUUGAAUAAAUUGAUCUUUUUGUAACGUUAUAAGUGUUUUCUUCUUUACGUGCUGAUUGUACACAAGCUAACGAGAUGAAUGACGACAAGUAGGUUGAAUGCUGUACCGGGUGGGUCGCCGGCUGUAUCUCGGCUCAGCCUAGAGGUAUCAGUAAAAAAAAUGUAUGACAAAAGUGGCCAAGAGUAAAG